AUGCCACGGAUCAGGAGUAGCGCCGGUCACGUCACUGAUCACGGUAAUGGUACCUAUACCGUGCAGUUCCCGUUGUACUGGGCAGGAAACGUUUCGAUAAAGAUCCAACUUGUCCAUCCAAGCGAGGCAGUGAAGGUGCUACAGAGAGUGCGGGAGGUUCCAAACAAGAGAACCUUCUACUGCACUUUUGUCGACGUUAAGACAAAGGACAACGUUACACGGCAAUGCUACAGUUCUCCCAAUUCUAGCCAAUCAACUGACCAGCUGUGUGAUUGGUCGAAACCAGAAGUCAACGGAACUUGGAUCUGUGAAAAACCCGAGGAACUCCCGUGUGCCACCGUCUCAAAAUGCCGAUGGGACUCCGGCAAGACCUGGGAAAAUGUACUGGGCCUUGUGUCUCAACAGGAAAAGAAACUUUUCCAAAAACCAUAUCUUGAAGAGGAACUUGAAGUAGACCCAAAGGAGCCCGUACGCGUCCUUAAGGCAGAACUGCCCAAACCUCAACACCUUCCAGAGUGCACGUGGAACACGUCAUCAGGUCAGGGACAUUGGUCAGGCAAGAUCUGGUGGUCAUCUGUCUGCAAUGUCCGAGUGUUUAGCAGGGGCGAUAUCCGGCGGUGCCUGGCUAACAAGACUGUGUACAUGCAUGCUAGUAAAGGAGGCGACAACAUUCAGUGGAACAUUUCUGUUCGCUACCGGUUCCACCACUACCCUGUUCAAGUAGGCGCUUGGAAUAUCUUCAAUGACUCCCGUUACAUUGCCGAUGAGCUGGACGCUACUCACGGAGGUCCAAACACGGUCAUAGUCCUUAGUCUGUGGGCUCAUUAUACGGCAGAGCCGUUGGAUAUGAUACAGUCUCGUCUGUACGCCAUACGGGGCGCCAUACAUCGUCUCGUGCGCAGGAGUCCCGGAACGCGAGUUCUGGUGAGAACAGGAACAACGCGAGAACACACAGGAGGAGAAUUGCAGUACUACCUCCUAGGAAGCGACUGGCUGGCUUACCAGAUCACGGAGGUGAUACGGGAGAUGUUCGUGGCGGAUUCGGAUGUGUUCGUGUUGGACACGUGGGACAUGAGCGUGUGUCAGCCGGGAAAAGACUUCAUUCAUCCAGAUCAAACGAUGGUGGACAAUCAAUUGAACAUACUGUUUUCUAAUAUUUGCCCAAACUAG